GGGUUCCCCCUCUAAUUCACCCUCUUUUUUUCAUUCACUCCACAAUUACAAUUACAGUCGAUGGACGACAGAGCCACCGAACCAUCACGGCGAGUCUAAAAAUACUCAGAGCUCCUAUAAAUGGAGAACACCACAAUUCUCACGGUUAAGGACCUUGUCAACGAAGGAAUAGCCGUCACCGGUGCAUCGUCGCUAUUCUCUUCCGCUGCUUCUCACUCGUCUUCCGAAUCAACCAGUACGAACCCUAAAUCACAUCCCGGUGCCGUCGAUUCAGACUUUAGCCGUAAGUUUCUCACACCGUUGAACUACCCAACGGUUAUCUUCGGGACGGUAGCUCUUCCUUCCGAAACCCUAAAAUGUCCGAAUCGCUACUGCUUUCGAUUCACAGACGGUGAUUUGACAAUCUGCUGUGAUAUCCUUGGAUUCGAAUUCCGCGCGAUUGGGAGUAAGAUUUGUGUUCUAUCUUGGAAUUUUCUUCCUAUGAAUCAUUCUGGUGGAUUUUUGGAGAUAAUCAACUGGAAAUUUGUGGAUAGUGGUAGUUUGCUAUCUCGGUGUUCUGGAAUUAGUUCGUUUCCAUUGAUUCCUUCUUUGUAUUCAUCGCAAAACGGUGACCGGAAGUCACGGUACAGCGUUUGUGGUGUGUUAGAGUCUAUCAGCCCUGUGUCUGUUGUUCCUUGUAUGGAUGGGGUUUCAAGUGAUUCUGUAAAUCUUCCUGGGUUCUUAGUACAUGUCAUGGCUUGUGAGUGUAAAGUGUAUAGCCGGGAUGCGAUUGAUUGCGGUCACGCUUUUGAGAGGUCUGUAUUUGUUUACUUCUGUGGUUUAGAGGCUGCGAGUUGGCAUCCUGUGGUGAUGAAGUUAGUUGGAAGAAAUGUUGCUCUUUCCGGGUUGAAAAGGAAGUUGGUUUAUGUAAGAGGUGAUUCUCUGUUGGUGUUUGUGACUACUGAGAAUUCUGUUCUUCAUCCACCUUGGUUAUCUAAGAAAGGGACAGUUUCGAAAACUGUUGUUGAUAGGAGAGGUAACUGUGGUUCCUACCGUGGAUAUGUUAGAGGUUUGUAUUUGAAAGGAAAGCUUGUUGAGAUGGAUGAAGAUGUCUGGCUUUUAUUGACGGAUCAGAUACUCAAUAGAUCACACAGUAUCCGUACUGGUUCCCUUAUUUUUAUCAGAAAUGUUCAUUUUGUGAAUACCAAAUUUCCUUGGGGAGAAGUGCUUAUACUUGGGGCAUGCUUUAAGACUAGCAUCACAGUUGAGUUUUUUUCACCUUUUGAAACGAGUUGUCUUGUAGAUUCAUGUCGGCAGACUUCUUUGAGUCUAUACGUUGAGUCUUUGUCAUUUCCUGCAAGAUUAUGGACAUUACUAGUUCGUAUCAGCUUCGAGAAAUUUAAUAGAAUGCCAUCAGACAAAGAAAUAUUAAGAUCCUGUCAGAAGGAUGAACUGACAAAGAUGUAUGCAGAGUCACGAAUACCGCCAUCCAUGUUUCAACCUAGGGGUGGGAUCUUUACUGAAUUCUGCAUGCAUGAGUCAUGCGGAUGCAAUAGUGAAGCUCGUGAUUGCAACCUAAAACUGGUAAUGCCCAUCUCAAGUUUUGUCCACCACGUCAAGGUUAUGCUGAAUGAAUUGCUUUCUCAGAUUAAGAAAGACUUUAGUGCUAGUGAUUGCUUAAGUCAUUCAUCGUCAACAUGGAAAAGAUACAAUAAUACAAACCCGAAGACUCUUAGAAGUGAGGAUACUGGUGUCAUCUUGCUUGGAAGAUUGAAGAUCUCAUCUUCUGGAAGACUACAAUUGCAUGACAGAACUAGCAGUAUUGAUGUUCUGACUCCAGACCUUCUAAGUGAUAGAAAUGCGAGCAGGAUAUGUGAGGUUCCUGAUUACUAUCUUAUUAUAGAAGGAAUACCUGAAUCGAUGCUUCACAUGCCAUUUCUUAAAAAUCCCUUUCGCUGUAGUAGUGUGCUUAAUCCCACUCCAUUGGCCAUAAAAAACACCUUGACAGUGCCUUUUUCUUUAUCGCUUGGUACUGCAAGUUGCAAACAUCUUCUCAAGCACCAUCCUUUUGACUGGAGGCAUGAUUUCAAUGAGUUCAAAGAGGGAUUUUUUCAUCUAUUUAGGGUGACCCACAAAUUUCCAAUAUUAAAAAAUGGUCACCCAGGAAUGCCUGACUGUACUAGUGUAUUCAUCGAGGCUUUAGUCCUUCCGUGGGAUCUCAUUUGCACUGUGACCGAAGAAGAGGCAGCUGCUCCCAAUUUUGAAGAACAUGAUACUUCCCAAGAAAUACGUCCACAUAAGAGAUGUAAAACUAAUAAUGGGCUACAGAGUCAAAGCUUUCUAUCUGUGCCACAUGAAAUUUCUUGCCAGAUGACCAUCAGAUGUGCUAGUAGUCACUGCUUGGUUGCAACAGCAACUCUUUCUAAUUUGACGGAGAACAAAAGUGGUAAAAUGCAUAGUGCUAUGCGUGUGCUGUUAGAAUUCAUACCUGAAUGCAGUAACUAUUAUGGGUUACAGAUUGGCGGUUGCUAUUUGAUGAAGCAUGGCUCUGAUGAUUCCUUUUGUGUUGGACGGUCUGGCAUAUCUAACAAUGAUAAAAUCAAUUUUAGACCAGAAACACGUUUAUGGAGUCUGGAAUUUUCUUUCGACGAAGUUCUCACCCAUGAUGGAUCUAUGGAUGUACAUCCUCUGGUGUCUUCUCAACCAUCUUUUGCGGUGGAACAGCAAAAUGUUUCUAGUCGACAACCUUGUUCAGAUGUUUCGCUUCUUCUCCCUUAUGAUGCAAAAGGACUCUUUUCAGUAUUUCUCAACGACUUGGAAGGGCUUAAUAAGCCAUUGGCAGCUGGGAAGGACAAUAAUAAUAUAUCAUGCUGUACUCAGUCGGAGACAAUAAUGCAUGCAGAGCCGUCUCGACUACUUCCUUCCAACAGCUUGUUUCCUGAAGGAAAUCUUGCUACUUUCAGAGGUGACGUAGUAGCAGUUGACGCUGUUACCUCUUCUGUCGUUGAUGUUUCAAGCAGCUAUUGCAUUAAUGUUCUAGUCAAUCAUCAAAUGGUGAAGAUAUUUGGUCCACUUAGAAGGCAUUCAUAUCUCACUGGAUUUGGCUUUGGGACGAAUGCAACAUUCUACCGGAUUCUUGGAACGGGAGAGCAAAACAGCUUUGUGUUGACAUCAGCAUCGUUUAUCAAAAUAAACUCUCGAAAGGCAUUGGAUAGUCCGCCGUUAGAGAAACCGACUCACGGAGCUGCUUUGUGUCUGCCCAAAAUUACACCUCAGGAAUUCGUACCUUGCAUUCUUGCUGGUCCUGCUUGUAAUUCGUUCUCAGGAAACGAGGAUAAUCAGCAAAUAAAGUUUGCCUGCAAGGUUCUUUCAGUUUAUCUUCUGGUUCUCCAAACUAGAUCUGAUGAUCCCUCAGAAAACGAAUGUAGGAACAAUAUUGAUAUACCACUUGCAGGAUUUGUGGUAGGUAAGUCACUAUCUUCUAUUCUAGGGCAAUCUCUAACAGGGCAUAGAAUAAGGGAUAAUUUAGAGCAUGUCGAGAGAAAGAGAAGUUUUAGCCGAAUUUACAGAGACAUUGACGUUUUGUUUUAUCUUCUAUAGUUGGAAAUGGCCUUAGAAUGUUAAUAUAUCCAACUAGUAAGAUUGAUCGUGUUAUACUGUUACUAUUUCUCAAAAUUGCUGUCCUAUUCAGUCUUCGUUAAAGUGACUAACAUCCCCUUAAGAGCUUCCUGUUAAGCGUUGUGUAUGAAUGUAAUGCCACAAGGCAGAAGAAAACAUAUAAAGAUGUGUACGAGUCUAUUAGUUUAUGUUUGCAUAAUUUUUGGUGUUACUGAACGGAUGUUAAUUUAGACUCAUUUAUUGCUCCUGAGUAGUCUUUCUUCAGUUUCCAGUGGCAUAUAGAAAACUCACUUGUCCAUUGAUAAAUUGGUUAAUAAUAUGUGACAUCCAUUCUCUCUCUUUUCAUGAGUUUCAUUUUCCUGGUUUAGAUGACGGAUCAUCAACUUAUCUUUGCUGGACGAGUGGGGAAAGAGCGUUUACAAUUCUUAGGCUGCACGAAGAGUUACCUGAAGAAACCAUUGAUGUGGUACAGUGGACUAGAAGAUACAGCAACUGGGGCACCACAGCUUACCAUCUUGACCAAAUUGUUCGGGUUCACAAGAGAAUAGUGAUGAAGUGCAAUGGAUCACAGAUUGACGUACUCUUUCAAGACAUCACCAUUGCUGUUACUUCAGAUCAACUUCUCACCAAAUCAGAGGAUAAGUUCCUCAAGUGGUUGAUCCUAAAUGCCAUUAGCGGCCCCAUAUGGGAAGUUGCCGCGAGCUCAAUGGACAUGAAAAUGAUUGAGCAUUUGGAGAGGGAACAGUGUGUGGAGAUGGAGACAUCAAGAUAUAAUCUGCAGAGUGUUUGGGGUAAUGAAGUAUGCCAAGUGGAUCCGUUGGUCCGAGCUUGGAGCUUACUCCAAGGUUUGCUAAAUAGCUGAUCAUGUAGUAGUCAAAAACAUUCAUCCACCAGUCGGCGAUUCUUCGUGUCCAUACAUCAGGAGAGAACGACAAUUUGUCGACCCUAAGAAGGAUGCGCUGAGAUGAAGCAAGUACUUGAUCUUACUUAUAUUAAUGUCAUGAGUGUAGACAACUACAAAAUCAUUCACAAUUUUGAGCUUUUAGGCAUUCUUUAGUAUAUCCCAAAACAAAACUUCAUAUGUACGGAUCCACAUAAACGAUUUAAAGUAAUAUAAGAUGGUAAUGUGUUAAAA